CGGCACCGCCCUUCUCAAGAUGGCGCUGUACUCAAUGCGGAAAGCGCGUGGGUGCUGGAGUUUCAUCCGGGCACUCCAUAAGGGAUCCGCAGCUGCUCCCGCUCCCCAGAAAGACAGCAAGAAGCGAGUAUUUUCCGGCAUUCAACCUACAGGAAUCCUCCACCUGGGCAAUUACCUGGGAGCCAUUGAGAGCUGGGUGAGGUUACAGGAUGAAUAUGACUCUGUAUUAUACAGCAUUGUUGACCUCCACUCCAUUACUGUCCCCCAAGACCCAGCUGUCCUUCGGCAGAGCAUCCUGGACAUGACUGCUGUUCUUCUUGCCUGCGGCAUAAACCCGGAAAAAAGCAUCCUUUUCCAACAAUCUCAGGUGUCUGAACACACACAAUUAAGUUGGAUCCUUUCCUGCAUGGUCAGACUACCUCGAUUACAACAUUUACAUCAGUGGAAGGCAAAGACUACCAAGCAGAAGCACGAUGGCACGGUGGGCCUGCUCACGUACCCAGUACUCCAGGCAGCCGACAUUCUGUUGUACAAGUCCACACACGUUCCUAUUGGGGAGGAUCAGGUCCAGCACAUGGAACUAGUUCAGGAUCUAGCACAAGGUUUCAACAAGAAGUAUGGGGAGUUCUUUCCAGUGCCCGAGUCCAUUCUCACAUCCAUGAAGAAGGUAAAAUCCCUCCGUGAUCCUUCUGCCAAAAUGUCGAAAUCAGACCCUGACAAACUGGCCACCGUCCGAAUAACAGACAGCCCAGAGGAGAUAGUGCAGAAAUUCCGCAAGGCUGUGACUGACUUCACCUCGGAGGUCACCUAUGACCCGGCUGGCCGCGCUGGCGUGUCCAACAUAGUGGCAGUGCACGCCGCGGUGACGGGGCUCUCUGUGGAGGAAGUGGUGCGCCGCAGCGCAGGCAUGGACACUGCUCACUAUAAGCUGGCCGUGGCAGAUGCUGUGAUUGAGAAGUUUGCCCCAAUUAAGCGUGAAAUUGAAAAACUGAAGCUGGACAAGGACCAUUUAGAGAAGGUUUUACAAACUGGAUCAGCAAAAGCCAAAGAAUUAGCAUACACUGUGUGCCAGGAGGUGAAGAAAUUGGUGGGUUUUCUAUAGGAAGUUUCAACGAAUCACAGCAAGGCUUUUGUGCCUUGCACUCCAUGCAUUCUGAUAACGGCAGCUUUCCUAACAAGAAAAAGUUACAGUUUUGGAACAUUUAAUUUGGUAUAGCUGAUUAUUGGUUUUAUUUGAUGAAUAUUGCUUUGUAGCUUUGAAAUAUGACAGUGUUCCAAAUCCCAUCAACAAAAUGCUGUAAACAACAACAAAAAAUAAAAUAAGAAGGCAUA